GAUCCACAGCCGCCUGCUGGACAGCGUGCUCAAGGCCACGGUCUCGUUCUUCGACACCACCCCGAUGGGUCGCAUCCUGAACCGUUUCUCCUCAGAUCUCUACACGGUGGACGACAGCCUGCCCUUCGUGCUGAACAUCCUGCUGGCCAAUGUGUUCUCCCUGCUGGGCAUGCUGGUGGUGAUCAGCUGGGGUCUCCCCUGGGUGCUGCUGCUGCUGCUGCCCCUCGCUCUGAUCUACCACCGCACGCAGCGCUUCUACAGGCACACGUCCCGAGAGCUGAAGAGACUGAGCAGCAUCACGCUGUCGCCCGUCUACUCGCACUUCUCCGAGACGCUGAGCGGCCUGGGGACCAUCCGGGCCAGCGGCAGCUCAUCCAGGUUUGAGGAGGAGUUGUCUCAUCGUCUGGAGCAGAACCAGCGCUGUUUGUUCCUCAGUGUCGCCGCCAUGCAGUGGCUGAGCAUCCGCCUGCAGCUGAUUGGUGUUGCCGUGGUUACGGGCCUCGGGGUGAUCGCCGUCGUGCAGCACCAGAACAAAUCUGUGGACCCAGGUCUGGUGGGCCUCUCCCUGUCCUACGCCCUCUCCAUCACCAACCUGCUGUGCGGUCUCAUCGACAGCUUCACUCAGACGGAGAUGCAGCUGGUGAGCGUGGAGAGGACGGAGGAAUACUGCAGCGGCCUGCCCACUGAGCCCCAGCAGCACCACUCACAG